CUUGACCCUCGUUUCAUGAGUUCUGAGUGGAUGAGUCGACUCUUGUGUUCUGCUAAAUGUAGCAGGCGAACGACUCUUUUGUUGUUGUUGCUGUCGUCGUCGUUAUCGUUAUGUUCGUUCCGCUGGAGUAGGAUGACAAAUUGUGCGACAUCGUUACUCCAGUGUCAAUAACAAUAGCACCUGCCAGUCACAGCGCCGUAUAUCCUGGUAAUAUUGGUAUAAACAGCUGACGACGUCGUCCAUUCAUUCGUGUGGAACCGAUACACACCUGAUAGAAUCAGGAGUUGUUUUUUUCUGAGCAUCAGCAUUGUUUUUUAACUCUCUUUUAGCUGUAACUUAUGCUGGAUCGCCAUUCCUAAAUAGGCACACUAGAAGCUGUCGGAUUAUCAGCACAUUAACCCAGGGAAUUAACUGCCCCCAGGUGUAUGAGCUCAACUUAACAGACUAUCAUCAGGAGAUUCAUUGUUAAAUUUUCAACCAGUACAUCAGUCAACGAUUUCAAACUCUGAUCAACAUCUUGUAUUUAAUGGAAACAUACAAAAUAUAAACAGAAAGGUGAAACAGUUGACAUUUCUUACAGUAUUACAACAUAUGUUGACAAUUGAAGAUUUAUUGAAAGAUCUAAUUAAUGUCAAAAGGAAAGAAGAUUGGUAAUAACAUGGGGCCGAUACCAAGGGAUCCACGUACUGAUAAUGAUGAUGAGAUUGAUGGGGAAAUUGAGAUGCAGAUGGGAUUGCUAGGUGGAGGAGAUGAUGAUCACAGUGAUGAUGAUGAUGACAGCUGGUCUGAAGAUGAAGAUUUGGAUCCAGAUCCAGAAUUGGACUGGUUGGAAACUGGAUACCAUUUACUGCCCCAAGCCCUAGAUAAUCCACAGGAGGAAGAAAUAAUUUCUCAAAAUCACAGUGAUGCUGCAGUAAUAACAACAACAUCAUCAGCUUCGUCAUUGGCAACCAGUAAUGAACCCACUUUACCUGUACAUUUAGCAAGAUGCUUACCUACGCAAAAACCUGCCGCGUUCCACGACGAUGCGUUCACACAGUUUUCUUCCAGUGCGGAAUCAGUUGCAAGACGUAAAACAUCAAUGGCCAGCGAUGACCAAAUCAAAGACGCCAUGUCCGGUAUUUCAUUGCCGCCCACAGCAGUUCCUCAGUGGGCACAGUUUGUGUGUGAGGAAGACUGGAAAUAUCAAUUUGUAUCAAAGAUGACUGACGAUAAAAAUAAUGAGAAAAAAGACUAACUGAUUCAACAACGCGGGAGCUUAUUGUAAUUUUUUCAUGUUUGCAUUAACAGUGAAUUAAAAAAACAAUUAAAAUGUACAGUCAUCACAUUGCAUUUUGUUCAAUGUGGGUCUCAUGCGACAUGCGUAAAAUAAAAUAGAUUAUUUGUUUAAACAAUACUGGAAUGCACGAUGACUAUGACACCUUUAAGCCAUGUAAAUUUAAUUGGAGGAAUCAAUGAACUAACUGCAGAGGGAGGCUAAGGUUAAAGGUCACCAUUACCUACUGACUUCAUAUUGAGGCAUACUAAUAACCUAUUAAACCUAGAUAAUUGUUAAUUUUAACUGAAAUACCCUGUUUUCAUCCCAUGUGUAUGUGAAUGGUGCUGAAAUGGUGAAUUAUGUAAAAAAUUUGGAUUCAUGUCAGAGACAUGAUGCUGGAAAAUCUAAAUAAAUCAAAUUGCCAUAUCAAUCAGCCAUUUUGAAUCUGAUCUGUAAAACAAAAUGAAUUAAGUGUGAUCAGUAGUGGCUUGUCUGAGACAUAUGCAUAGGAUAUCUGAAGGAUUGUAACAAUAGAUAGCCAAUUAAGAAUGUAGAAAAUGGAUUUGUCUUUACAUUCUUUACAAAUACAGUAAUUCAAUAUUUAACCUAGCAUUCUCUGUUUCUAAUUUCGGACAUAACCCCAUUUAAAUAUAUAUACUGGAUCAGAGUUUUCUCAGUACGGUGGAAUUUUUUGAAAGUCAUCCUUUUUUUAGUGCCGUUUGCAGUAGCAGUAGAUCCAUUUAAUAUUAUUGAGUGAAUAAUUUCGUCUGUCAUUUUAGUAAAAAAUCUUCACUUUAUCAGAGGAAUAAGAAAAAGACCAUAUGAUGAAAAAUUGCCAAAAGAUUUCUUUCUGAAAUAGGUAGACUAGAUAUGUACUGUAAGCCUAGAGUUCACAGCCUUAUGGAAGUUGGCUUUAUUUAUAACCAGUUUUACUUGUAUAUAUAAUCGUCUAAUACUAGCCCAGAAUCGCUUCAUUCCACUUCACUAUAUUUACAACACUUAGUAACAGUCAGCUAUUGAUUUGUAGAAUGAAAAAAUAACAUCAAAACAUGUUAAUCAUCUGAGAUUCUGUGAUUAUGGAGAAUAUCCAGUGUGUAGCAUUUAAACUGGUUAAUGAACACUGAGUAUUUUAUUACUCAUAUAACAUGAGAUAUUACUAGCAUUGUAUGUAGGCAUUUAUGGUAUCCAUGGAAUGCAGCAUUGAUUCUAAUUUAAUCAUUUGUACUGUAUGAUUACUGACAUAAAAACUACGCAAAACUAGUCCAGGGAUUGCAUUUUCAGCUUCCACGGCUCCUACUAUAAGAGAGAAACCAUACUAUUCUGUCUUUAUAGAACCCAUGUUAACCACACGACCCUCCCUAUUUUUGGGAUAUUUCAC